GCACUCCCUCACUACGUAGCACUGGAGCGGAUCUGGGCCGACAGCGAAGUUGGAUCCUGGACAUACACGUAUCCACCCCGGUCUGUUUGUAAAUGGAGUGACUGUGACUCCGUUAAAGUGAACGUGGAGUCGAUUCACGGAUGAAAGCUGUGCUACAUUAGAUGCUCCAACUUUUGUUUGUGUGUGUGUGUUUAUCUAAACAGAUCACAGAAGCAGUGAGGGGGAUCGGAAUUUACCGGUGACAAAAUCUGAGAGGGAAAAAAGGGAAAAGAAGUUCCACUCGAUACAGCAACACUUUUUUCUUUUCUUUUUUUUUAAUUUUUUGUUUGACACUGAAAACAGUUUUUGCUUUUUGUCGCAACAAAGUAACGUACGAUUUAACGCCUGGCGUCGAUGAAGAGGAUCUCCUUUAAAGGGACAAUUCCAACUUUUCCCCCCCUUUGGGUUCACGCUUCAACUUUGAAAAAGAGUUGCAGCCAUGGCGAAAAAGUAUGAUUUCCUUUUCAAACUGCUGCUGAUCGGGGACAGCGGAGUGGGGAAGACAUGUCUCAUCAUCCGAUUUGCUGAGGACAAUUUCAACUCCACUUAUAUUUCAACCAUCGGCAUUGACUUUAAAGUAAAAACCAUUGAAGUGGAUGGAAAGAAAGUGAAACUCCAAGUCUGGGACACAGCAGGGCAGGAGAGGUUCAAGACCAUUACAACGGCCUACUAUAGAGGAGCCAUGGGCAUCAUCCUGGUCUACGACAUCACAGACGAGAAGUCCUACGAAAACAUUCAGAACUGGAUGAAGAGCAUCAGAGAAAAUGCAUCAGCCGGGGUCAGUCGGAUGUUGCUAGGUAAUAAGUGCGACAUCGAGGCAAAGCGGAAGGUUUCCAAGGAGACAGGAGAAAAGCUGGCUAAAGAUCACGGCAUCAUGUUCUUUGAGACAAGUGCAAAGUCCAGCAUUAAUGUUGAGGAGUCUUUCCUGUCUUUGGCUCGUGACAUACUACAGAAAAACAGCAAGAAAUCAGGACCCACGGGCCGAGAAGUGAAAAUCACCAGCAGUACAGAGAAGAAGUCUUCCAAGUGUGCUCUCCUCUAGAUGUGACACUGGUGCAUACACAGAGCAAAGUGCAACACCGAUUUAAGAGAACAUCAGCAUUGCAGGAGGAACACAUUACAACAUGGUUUCUGUCUCCAUCUGGUGGGCUCAGUGUCAAAUACAUGCAUCUGCAAAAAAAACAAAAAAAAAAAAAAACAAGUGUUAUAUCUUAAGUGUUGACACUUUUGUUUCCCAAGAAAAUAUAAUUUAUGGGUUAUUCUUGUGGGAUAGUGUAUUUCACAAUGAAUAUGUUUUCUGCAACAUCUACUGUGUUCGCAUUAAUGUUACAAGAGCUGGUCAGGUGGAGUUUUGCAUGACUCAAUGCAGAGUCCUGAUAGAAAUCCACAGUAUAGUUUGUAUUACUCCGGCUUAUCACCACAGUAUAAACCCUGCAGCAGCACUGUCUAGCGUUUUUUAUAGAACCUUUGUAGAAAAUCACACCUCCGCUUAUAGUAGAGCCGUUCCAGGCAUUUCUAAUGUGUGAGCAUUUGCAGUAUAAUAGUAUAAUAGAGGAAGAGGUUGUCAUACAAAAAACAUUUCAGAUUAAUUAUGCUCCCGGUUGAAGUCCUUGACCCAACAUGUCAGUUCAGUUCUUUCUAAUUUCAAGAGGCUUUGUACAGCGCAGUGAUUCAGUAGAUGGGGAAUUCAUUGGAAAUUCUGAAGUGAUUGAAUUACGAGUCAUUACGUGUUUUGGUGAGGAACGCACUCUCAUUUCUUUGUCAGUUCAUUUAAUCAUUUCAAACUAAUUAGCAUCCUUUUUCCUGCAGUGACACAUAACAAACAGGGGUUUCUGUGCAACGUCACAGAGAGGUCAUAUGUCAAUAGACAUAACUUUCUCCAUUAAAUGUAUCCCUGUGAAAACCGAUCAUACUGUAUAUGUUUUAAUAGUGUGCGUCAUCAAAAUGCAUUCCACAGAAUAUACAUUAGAUACCGUGAUGUAUAUUACCACCAUGACAUAAACAUUCCCUUUGUGCCGAAUAUGAGAAAAUGGAAACCUGCUCUUUGUGUUAAUGACUUGCUGUUUGCUCAAACCGAAACAAACAGGCGUUUCCUUUUAAUAGAUGGAUGAUUGACAAUGUGGACGAUGGUCAGUGAGAUAAGUGCAAUAGGAGAGGGUGAGUGGAGAGAUAAAAGAAUGAUGGACAAAGCAAGUGAAUGGACAGGAUGUGGGGGCCUGGGAGGCGGCACUGCUCCCAUGUCCCUCAUUUUGAAUUGAUUUAGUGGCUCUUGCCUUUUAUCUGAAGUGCCUGUUAUAUCUCUUACUAAACACCACCGCACAACAUCUGACUUGACAGUGUCCCUGUGUUCAGGCAUUGUUGUUUUAUGUUUUUCAGGGCACUGGCGACGACUGUGAUUACUUGUGCUCCUCUAAUCCUGACAGUUUCUGCUCCGACACGCUGUUACUCUCACAUUCUGUGUCUUUUUAACUCUGCCAUUAGACUUUGUAUGGAGACUGCAGACGUGCUGCUUGCUGAAUUAAAAUGCAAAAUUGUAGACCA